AUGGCUGGUCUAUUAUUGUUGGCGAUAUGUGGACUGCCGAUCUACAUCGCCAUCAAAAGUAUUUAUCGGCUAUACUUCCAUCCACUCAGCAAAAUUCCAGGUCCCAAACUUGCAGCAAUCACAGGAGCCUAUGAAUUUUAUUUCAAUGUCAUCAAGCGGGGGAUGUUCAUUUGGGAAUUGGAGCGCCUCCAUGAGGUUUAUGGACCCAUUAUUCGCGUUACCCCACACGAGGUCCACAUCAAAGACUCAAGCUACUACGAUGAAAUCUACGCUUCGAACCAGCGCAGGCGUGAGAAGGUCCCCGAAAGAGUUGCUCAGUUCGAUCUGGAAGGCACCGGCUUCUCUAGCAUUUCCCCGGAAGAUCAUCGAACACGCCGCGCGCAGGUGCAGAAGCACUUCUCAAAACAAGCGGUCACUAAUAUAGAGCAUGUGAUAUAUGAAAAUAUAGACAAGCUUGAUGACCACUUCAAGCGGGCGUUCGAGUCCCAUAAAGUGGUCAACAUCGAUGCUGGAUUUGCAGGGUUGACCUCCGAUGUCAUUCACAAGUACGUCUACGGCUUCAACAGUGGGAAUCUCGAUCACGAAAACUUCAAUGAAAGCGUCCGAGAUGGAAUCAACGGGCUCUUCAAAUUCGCCCAUACUAUCUUCCACUUCCCUAUUCUUCAGACUCUCAUGAAGUCACUUCCUUUGUGGGUGCUGGAAAAGUGCGACCCUUACGCCUACGCUCUGCAAAGCCAGAAGGCAGAUCUUUUGGGCCGAACCAAGAAGUUCUUACAGGGCCACUCUUCGGAGCUGAAGAAUCGCUCUGUUAUGGAGAUACUUACUAACACCAGUAUGCCAGAGGAGAUGCGCGGAGCAACCCGUCUUAAUAACGAGGGCUUUGCUAUGAUCAUUGGUGGUACCGAGACAACUGCGCGAUCUUUGGCAAUUGCUGCUUUCCGACUCAUGACCAAUGACUCAAUCAAGACUAAGCUUCGGGAAGAGUUGCGAACUGUCAUGUCCACGCCUGACUCUCGUCCGACUUGGAGUCAGCUUGAGCAGUUGCCGUACAUGUCUGCUUUUGUUUGGGAGACACUGCGUGUUUCCACUGGAAUCUCGAGCCGAUCGGCUCGUGUCGCGCCCUCUGAGGCGUUGGUCUACAAAAGCUACACCAUUCCUCCUGGAACCCCUGUCAGUGAGACAAACUACUUCGUUCUUACGGACCCUGAGAUCUUCCCCGAUCCCCACACUUUCGACCCAGACCGAUGGCUGCGGGCAGCGGCGAAGGGAGAGCGCUUGGAUAAAUAUAUGGUCAACUUUUCUAAAGGCACUCGAAUUUGUGUCGGCAUGAAUCUGGCCUAUGCCGAGCUAUUCCUUGUACUGGCAGCAUUUGUCCGUCGUUAUGAUAUGGAACUUUUCGAAACGUCCGAGAAGGACAUUGCCUUUGCGCGUGACUUUGGUACCCCUUACCCGGAUGAAGGCAAUCUUCGCGUGCAGGCGAUGGUGACAAAGUUGAUUGAGGAUUGA